AUGGCUGGUCUGAACGUGUCUCUCUCGUUCUUCUUGGCCACCAUUGCCGUGUGCCAGGCGGCCAGGAGGGCGUCCAAGGCCCUGCUCCCCAAAGGUGCCUACGCCAGCUUCGCCCUGGAGGCGGCGGGCGCGGCCCAGCUGGGGGCCUGCUGCCUGGAGAUGCGGAUGCUGGCAGAGCUGGGCCCCUGGGCCGGGGGCUUCGGGCCCGACCUGCUGCUGACCCUGCUGUUCCUGCUCUUCCUGGCACACGGGGCCACCUUCGACGGGGCCUCGGCCAACCCCACCGUGUCCCUGCAGGAGCUCCUCCUGGCUGAGGCCUCUCUGCCCGGCACACUGCUCAAGCUGGCGGCCCAGGAGCUGGGCAUGCAGGCGGCCUGCGCCCUGACCCGGCUCUACUGGGCCUGGGAGCUCAGUGACCUGCACGUCCUGCAGAACCUCAUGGCCGAACACUGCAGCUCGGCCCUGCGCACCACCGUCGCCCACGGCGCGCUGGUGGAAGGCGCCUGCGCCUUCGUCUUCCAUCUGACCCUCCUCCGCCUCAGGAAUAGCCUUCCCGUCUACAGAGUGUCAGCCGUGGCCCUGCUGGUCACCGUCAGCGCCUACACAGCUGGACCCCUGACAUCUGCCUUCUUCAACCCCACGCUGGCCACCUCAGUUACCUUCCACUGCGCAGGGCACACCUUACUGGAGUAUGCACAGGUGUACUGGCUGGGCCCUCUGACAGGGAUGGUGCUGGCCGUCCUGCUGUACCACGGCCACCUGCCCUGCCUUUUCCAGAGGAACCUGCUGUACAGUCAGAAGAACAAGUAUCGAACCCCCAAAGGGAAGCCAGCCCCAGGGCCUGAAGGCGCCCAGACACCCACAGAGGGGCAGCAGGUCCUCAAAGCCAGGUGA